UCGAGGAGAAAGACCAGAGAGCCAAAGGAAGAGAAUGUCACUCUUGGGCCUGCUGUUCGUGAAGGAGAGCAAGUCUUUGGUGUUGUUCACAUCUUUGCCUCAUUCAACGACACCUUCAUUCACGUUACUGAUUUGUCUGGAAGGGAAACACUUGUUCGCAUCACUGGUGGAAUGAAGGUGAAAGCUGACAGAGAUGAGUCCUCACCUUAUGCUGCUAUGCUUGCUGCGCAAGAUGUCGCUCAGCGAUGCAAGGAACUCGGAGUUACUGCCAUUCACGUUAAGCUCCGUGCCACUGGUGGUAACAAGACCAAGACACCUGGUCCUGGUGCUCAGUCUGCACUAAGAGCCCUUGCCCGUUCCGGCAUGAAGAUUGGUCGCAUUGAGGAUGUGACGCCAAUCCCAACCGACAGUACUCGCAGAAAGGGUGGAAGAAGAGGAAGGAGACUUUGA